AUGGAUUGUGAAGCUUUGAUGAAUCAAGAUGAGCACAUCCAAUCAAUUUUGCACAAACAGUCAAAGCAAAUGCGAAAUGAUUAUCGUAUCCAUCUCGAUACUUCGAUUGAUUGUAUCAGAGUUUUGUUGCGACAAGGGAAUUCAUUUCGGGGUCAUGAUGAGACUGAAGGUAUUCAUAAUAAAGAGAUUAAUGAUGUAAUAUUGAAAAAUGCUCCUAAAAAUUACAAGUUAACAUCACCGAAUAUUCAAAAGGAUAUAGUAAGGGCCUGUGCAACUGAAACAAUUAAUGUUAUUAUCAAAGAUAUUGGUAAUUUAUUAUUCUCUAUUUUAGUUGAUGAAUCUCGUGAUGUGUCAAUGAAGGAGCAAAUGUCAGUUGUUUUGCGCUAUGUGGAUAGUAGUGGGCAUGUAAAUGAGCGUUUUAUUGGAAUUGAACAUGUUACUAGUACUACAACACUCUCACUUAAAGCUGCUAUUGAUAAGAUGUUCUCUAAAUAUAAUUUGAGCAUAGCUAAUCUUCAGCUAGCUCUUAUAGCUGUGGCCAAGAAAAAUCUUCCGAUUUCUAAUUUCUUUCAUAUUGUUGGUGAUGUGGUAAAUGUUGUUGGAUCAUCUUGCAAACGUUCUGAUCUUUUUAAGGAGAAACAUUCAGAUUUUAUUGUUGAGACACUGAAGAGGGGUGAAAUUCAAAUGGUUGAGGACUUAAUCAAGAAACUACCCUUCAACGUGCUGGGGAUACAAGUUGGGGGUCACAUUACAAUUCUUUGA